CUCACAUACGGAGUACACCGGAACUUGCAAGGAAGGAAGCAUGAGAGCGCUGCAGAAAUGAAUGAGUGCAAAACCUGUUCAUGUUGACCGUGUUGUCAUGUGUUCAGUAGACUAACACAUAUAAAAGACAGAUCCAGCGAUGGAGAGCGACAUUCUGGACUCGCUGGAGCAGCUCGGAUACACCGGUCCUCUGCUGGAGGAGAAGUCUCUGCUGGGAGCCGCAGAGGGAGGCCUGUCCUCACCAGAGUUUGUGGAGCUGUGCAGGUGGCUGGCAUCCAGUUUAAAGCCUCUGUGUGACCUGGAGGAGAGCAUCACUUCCGGUCCAGACGACAUGGACAGCCUCCAGGUGGAGAUGAGUGGUUUGCUUAAAGAGCUGCACUGUCCUCACGAAGAAGCCGUUUCAGGGAUUCUCAAGGGCGGUGUGCGAACUGCAAAAGAUCAUCUCAAGUUUGUCUUGUUUCUAAGCUCCGAGCUCCAGGCAGCUCAGAUUGUGAGGAGCAGAGGAGUCGCUCACAAACAACAAGAAGAGAGUCCGGUGUGUCAGGAGCUCCUGGCAAUCUGUCAAACACUGAACCUACCAGAGCCCAGAGGACAGGACGCAGCGGGAGUUUUCUCUCAAGUCCAAGACAAGGUUGAUAAAGUACUUAAAGAUCUUCCAAAUGGCUCCAUUGAAAAGCCAGUAUUAAAGAAAUCUCUACUCAGUGAACAAUGGGAGAAGUUGCACAACAUAAACACAGCUCUGUCCUCAGAGUACGAGUGUCGGCGCAGGAUGCUGAUCAAACGGCUGGACGUCACAGUUCAGUCAUUCGGGUGGUCGGACAGAGCCAAGGUAAAGGUGGACAGCAUGGCGAGGGCUUACCAGCCCAGGAGACACUCUCUGAGGCCGCAGUCCACGGUGGACAUGGCUAAUCUGCUGGCCGCCAGAGAAGACAUCUGCAACGUGGUGAAGACCAGCAGCGGCUCCAGCAGGGAGAAGACGGCGUGUGCAGUCAACAAGAUUCUGAUGGGGAGAGUCCCGGACAGAGGAGGACGACCCUCAGAGAUACAUGCCCCGCCUCCUGAGAUGCCACCCUGGCAAAAACGACAAGAUGGAGGAGGUGGUUGGGGAGGCCGCGGUGGUGGAAGAGGUGGAGGUGGUGGAAGAGGAGGAGGAGGUGGAGGAGGAGGAGGAGGAGGAGGAGGAGGUGGUGGUGGUGGUGGUGGUUGGGGAGGAGGAGGUGGAUGGAACCAAGGAGGACAUGGUGGACAUGGAGGAAAGAGAGGACGGUACCAGUAUUAGUUUUUGCUCGCACAUUUUUUUGCGUUGGUAUUAUUUAAAGUGAUCCGGAUGUCGUGUUUGACAUGAACUCAAUUCUGUUUUUUUCCGUGUUUUCUAUGGAGGGAGAAAACACGUUUUUUUUAUGUGAUGGCAGUGAAACUCUUCCUCAUUUAGAUGAUGCAAAAUGCGCAUAUUUUUUUUUAUUUUUAUUAGUGUUUCAUUUUGCUUUUUUUAAAUACCAGUAAUACCAUGACAUCAUUACGAGUACUUUUUUUGUACAAGUACAAAUGACAAAUGAUUGAACAUCUGCACUGGGCCAUAAUACUGUAACUGUGUCUCAAGUCCAUACUAAUUCUAAGGAGGAUUUUAGUAUGUAUUGUUUUCACACUGUUAAAGUGACUGUUUUAAGUACGCUUAAUUUAUUCAGUAAGGGUACUAAAAAAAAAUUUGAGCGUCUUGUUGAAAGACCCUAUUCUCCCACAAUGCAAUGCACAAUAGGAAUGGAGGACUAUGUUCCAAAUCGCAUACUUUUU